UCCCAAUUUCUUCUAUUUCUUUCAAUUGCAUCUCACUCUUUUCCUUUCUUCUUCAAAUAACCAUGGCCUCCACCAUUAUGCUCGCUACCACUAUUGUCGUUGUGCUCGCCACCACCUUCUAAACAAAUUCACCCACAUCUUCCUCCUUCUAAACAAACUUGCCCGCUUCUCCCUCUCACAUUCUCAUCCUAGACUAUCAAUGUCGCUUCUACCUGAAACAAUCACAACAUCUGCACCUACCUUCAAACAAACUUGCCAGCAUCUCCAUCCCUCUCACAUUCUCACCUCUUUGUGAAAUCACAGUUGUUGUUGGUAAGAUCGCCCGUGUCUGCACCAAUAUUCUCAAACUCGCCCACAUCUGUCUCAUAAACUAUCUCAUUCCCCAACCCUUGUGUUGAGUGUGAAUAGUUUCUUGGGGAAGCUUUUGUUUGGCAAUCAAGGAAGGAUUUGUGCUUUUCGUUUCGGGAGACAAAAGAAGUUAAAUGGAAAUGCCGCCAAGGAGAGGUGCACGUAGGGGUGGCCGAGGAGGCCGAGGAAGGGGAGCAGGACGCGGUCAACCUGAGGUGCAGCCUGUAGCCCAAGCCCCUGACCCGGCUGCGCCAGUUACUCAUGCGGACCUAGCCGCCAUGGAGCAGAGGUUUAGAGAUUUGAUUAUGCAGAUGCGGGAGCAGCAGAAGCCUGCCUCGCCAACUCCGGCGCCAGCUCCAGCGCCAGCUCCAGCACCAGCUCCUGCUCCAGCUCCGGCCCCAGUACCAGUUGCGCCCCAGUUUGUGCCGGAUCAGUUGUCAGCAGAGGCUAAGCACCUGGGGGAUUUCAGGAAGUAUAAUCCCACGACGUUCGAUGGGUCUUUGGAGGACCCCACCAGGGCUCAGAUGUGGUUAUCGUCCUUGGAGACCAUAUUCCGUUACAUGAAAUGCCCUGAGGAUCAGAAAGUUCAGUGUGUUGUUUUUAUGUUGACUGACAGAGGUACUGCAUGGUGGGAGACUACAGAGAGAAUGCUAGGUGGUGAUGUGAGUCAGAUCACGUGGCAGCAGUUUAAGGAGAGUUUCUAUGCGAAAUUCUUCUCUGCUAGUUUGAGAGACGCCAAGCGGCAGGAGUUUCUGAACAUAGAGCAGGGUGACAUGACAGUGGAGCAGUAUGAUGCGGAGUUUGACAUGUUAUCCCGCUUCCCUCCCGAGAUGAUAGCGACCGAGGCGGCCAGAGCUGAUAAGUUUGUUAGAGGCCUCCGACUGGACAUUCAGGGUUUGGUCCGAGCUUUCCGACCCGCUACUCAUGCCGAUGCACUACGCCUGGCAGUGGAUCUCAGUUUACAGGAGAGGACUAACUCGUCUAAGACCGCUGGUAGAGGUUCGACAUCGGGACAGAAGAGGAAGGCUGAGCAGCAGCCUGUUCCAGUGCCACAGCGGAAUUUCAGAUCAGGUGGUGAGUUUCGCCGCUUCCAGCAGAAACCUUUUGAGGCAGAGGAGGCUGCCAGAGGGAAGCCGUUGUGUACCACUUGUUGGAAGCACCAUCUGGGCCGUUGCUUAUUCGGGACCAGGACUUGCUUUAAGUGCAGGCAAGAGGGUCAUACAGCUGAUAGAUGCCCGUUGAGACUCGCGGGGAACGCGCAGAAUCAGGAAGCAGGUGCUCCACAUCAGGGUAGAGUCUUUGCUACCAACAAGACUGAGGCUGAGAAGGCAGGCACGGUAGUGACAGGUAGGGGCACAGCGAGGGGCAGACCGGCGAGAGGCAGGAAGGACGCGUGAAGGCCAUAUGGACGCGUCUGGUUUUCUUAUCGCUUCCGCUAUGUAUUUUGUCAAAAUAUUUGACUUGUGCUUUUGGAACUAAUGACUUGAGUUUUUGUUGAGACUUUUUAUGAUUGAUUUAAAA